GUUGAGCUGCUUCUGGACAUGGGCGCAGAUGUGAACGCUCAAGGUGGCAAGUACGGCAAUGCACUGCAGGCUGCAUGUUGUGGUUACGAAGGUCCCUGGGAUAGGAGCAUCGUGAAGCUUCUCCUCGACAGAGGUGCAAGCAUUAACAGCCAGGGGGGCAAGUUCGGAACGGCGUUGCAAGCAGCCUGCGCGCGGUCCUGGACAUUGGAACUUGUACAGUUCUUGCUAGAUCAUGGUGCCGACGUACAUAUUCAAGGGGGCAAGUAUGGCAAUGCCCUGCAGGCAGCAUGCUACAGGGGCAGCUUGGGCCUAGUUGAGCUUUUGCUCAAUCAGGGGGCCAACGUGAAC